AUGAAGAAGUCACAAGGGAAAUCUGCCGGCCGUGGUUUUGAAGGACCCCGCUCCGGCUUUGGAGGCUUUGGCACCGCAGCCUCCGGAACCUCCCUGUCGUACCUCGCCGAACCUCCGUCAUUCUCAGCUAUCUCCGACCCAAAUGUUGUUGUGUCAUUGAAGAAUGUGUUAAAGAAAGACAGCACCACUAAGGCCAAGGCACUUGAGGAGCUAUUAGCUCAUGUUCAAGCUCACCCAUUUGAGAAGGAUGGCGGGGUAGAAGAGGGCAUCCUGGACGUUUGGGUCCAAAUAUAUCCUCGCACAUCGAUAGACAACUCACGUCGAGUCCGUGAGCUUACGCAUAAUCUUCAAUUCGAGCUUAUGAAGUCCGCGCGCAAGAGAUUUGAGCGGCACCUACCAAAGAUCGUCGGUGCAUGGCUUGCUGGUUUGUAUGAUCGCGACCGCGUGGUAGCCAGAGCUGCUAGCGAUGGUCUAACCCCAUUUCUCAACACCCCUGAAAAGGUCAUUGCGUUUUGGAACAAGUGCCAGGCCCAGAUCCUUGACUACGCCAUUGAUGCUAUUCAGGAAACACAAGAUACUCUUAGUGACGAACGCUCUACGACAGCCGAAGACGCCGAGGCCAAAUACUUUCGAGUUGUUACUGCCAGCUUAUCUCUUGUCUUGGGUCUAUUGCAAAAAGUCGAGCAAAGUAACCUGGAGAAGCUCCAAUCACGAUACGAUGACUAUUUCGCGGAGGAAGGCGUCUGGAAGACAAUCACCUACAACGACUCGGCAGUCCGAAAGACCGUAUGCCAACUUCUAUUUGCUUCGAUUGAACGAAAGCUACCGUACGCCGACGACACAAAGGUCAAGCAGGCAUUUAUCACCGGGGGUCUCAAGACCAACCAAGCUGGUUCGGCUUUGGAGUAUGUGCGAGCCUUGACAAAAAUGACACAAAAGUACCCCGAUGUUUGGUCCACAGGAAAGGUCACCACCGGACCAAAGUCAGCUCUGGGUAGAAUGCAAGCGUUCAUCUCCAAGGGAUCGCAGGGAAGCCCACCGAAGUUCUGGGAGUAUCUCGACCAAUUGUUGAUGGUUCUGCCAUCUGACCUGAUCACGCCUGAGGUUGCCUCACAACUUUUGUCAUCGCUAAAGUCAGGAAUCACACAUCGCGAAGAACCACGAACGAACACCUCAUUUGCAUGGAAGUGCUUCAUCGAUACCGCUAAGCGACUGCUAAAGAAUCUACCCGCCGACGAUCAAUUACCUUUUGUACAGGAACACCUGUUCCCUCUUAUCGAGCAAUUCCUUUUCUCAGUAUCAGAAAAGACUGUCGCCAUACCAAUGGGCCCGAAUGCCAUAUCUGUGCUCGUGGAAGCCUACAUCGCCACCGUCCAAGCUUCUCCGUCUGUUGUGUCUGCCUCUGAAGAGGAAUGGAACCGACUCGCCAGCAUCUUCUGUGCCAAGAUUUCUGGAUCCCUACCUGAAGUGUCUCGAGAGUACCAACAGUCUCAGGAAAAGAUUUCAGAGGAAGGCCGACGAUGGUUUGGUCUUGUUGGUCAGAUUGAGGACAAGAUCGCCGAGUCAGCUGCCGUCCCCGACCACACGGCUGAACCUUCUCUCAAGGCCAUCAACCAGUGUAUCACUCUUCUGGAGAGUCGCAACCUGAAGCCCUUUGGCGCAGCGCGCACCAUCGAGUACGCUCUAAGCAUGUCUCCUCGCCUCUUUCAUGAUGAUGGCAUUAUAAGACUCUCAGCAUUCUUCACGUCAUUGGCUCGAGACGAUGCUGCCAAAGCAAUCUCUUCCCCCUCUUCCCGCUACCUGCUCUCCUCUCUCCACCUACUUGGCUCUGUAUCUACUCAAUUCGCGCCCAUCUGGAACUCUUGGGUUGAGGCUGUGCUUGAUCUACCAUCCGAGCCAGCACGCGACGCUGCCCUUGCAUCUCUCAUUUCCAACGACAGAGGAGCUGUCCUUGCCAAGGGUAACAUGGACUUGCAAAAGCACAUCAUCGGCCAGGCUGUACUACUUGCAGUCGGAAACAGCAACGAUUGGGAACUGUUGGAGGCUGCUGUUACAUACCAGACUCUAACCGAUAGCAAUUACCGAGAGCUUGUGCAAGCACUUGUCGAGAUUCUCGAGAAGGACCCCCAAAAGACAGAGUCCACACUUCAAGCUUUGGAGAUUACCGCCAAGGGCCGACCCGAGCUGUUUUCUCGAGACGAUCGCGUCCACACGACUCUGGUCGCACUGCUCCUGGGUCUUUCUGAACUUGACGACUCUGCGAUUUCUUAUAAGGCCACUGCUAUCCGUACUCUGCUGGACGGUCAUACGGAUGGCAAAUUGCCUGUUGUUGCCGUCGUUCAAGCUAACCUCGAACGAGCGGGAACACAAUCUCUAGAUAUCGACACAUUGGUUUCCCAAGCGCAAAGUGCCGCUUCGAGCGACAUUCCAUCCGAGGAACUCUUCCCAAGCACCAACGUGUGGAUGAAGGAGCUGGCGCCGUUCCUAGAACUGUCUGUGAACCCUUCGCUAUCCAUCACCAACAGUACCGGCGGCGCUUCUGCAUUAGUAAAGGGAACACCUCGAUCUACGCCACUCCGAGUUCACCGAGAUAGAAAGGGACGUGCUAUUCCCGCACGAAUGGCUCUUUACGUGUCACGUCUAUCUGAAAGACUCCCGCUAUCACAACUGCCAAAGCCUUUCCAACUCGAGCUUCUCUACCUUCAGUGCUUGACCGUGCAGCUCAUUUCUGACCAAAUCACUUGCAUGGAGGAGAACCGACUAUGGCAAACUCUCAAGCAUGCUGAAUCAAGUGCUCAAGCUGAAGAGUUUGUCUCCAAGACGCGUGGAGUCCUAAACGAUCUGGUGGCUGACGCUAAAGUCUGGAGCGACUCGGCUGAGGAAAAGCCAAUCAUUCAAGAAUUGAUCGACCUGUUAACUGAGCACUCAAAAGACUUGACCCCCAGAGGCUUAUACAGUGCAAGGGCACUCAGCGAGCUUGUGCAAUUCUUGGCAGAGGCCCACGGAGCAUCAUCCGGUUUCGAGGAUGCUCUUCUAAAGCCCGACGUCCUCAAGGUUGGCCCCACGACAGUCCUACCCGCGUCUGCCAUCAUUGCCGGGUUUGGCGAGACUCUUCAACCCUCCAAGGCAGCCAACACCUUUUGCAAUAGAGUUGUAAGCGAGAUUGCGGGCGCCAAAGCGGAGAGCGAUAAGACCCUGAUGACUCUGGUCUUGCUUUCGUCUUGUGCUGAAAUUUACGAAGCGGGCGAGCUGCCUGUGGCUAACAACCGAAUCGUCUUUGCUGUCCGACAGAUUACUUCAUGGCUUGAUGAGCCCGAGACCUUGAGCCCUGCCCUUUGCGCCGAUAUUUGUCGGUCUCUUAACAAGCUACUACCAUGCAUGAAAGACGUCUAUGGUUCAUACUGGGAAAAAGCAAUCGAGUUUUGCAUUUCGCUAUGGAACCGCGCCCACGAGUUUGAGCUGGACGAGGCUCUCCCAUUCAUCCACUCUUCGUUGAAGCUGUACAAGACUAUCGAAUCUCUUCCCGAACCCAACGACGAUCUUGAAGAUGCCCUCAAAGAGUUUGCUAGUGCUAAGCCUAGGGCUUUAAUCGAGCUUCUGCGACUCCCUCGAGAAACCACUUCUCAGCCUUUGGAGAUUGUGGAUGCUAUGCUCUGUCGAGAAGUCGAGAAGAUUUCCAUUCGUCAAGUCCCUGAUCUGUCCGACAUCUUUGGCCUGGUGGCGUCGGAUUCGCGUGAUAUCCAAACAGCUGCGUACAAUCUGCUUCACAAGGCUCUUCCCGAGCAGCAACAGCAAAAGUCGAUUGACGCCAUGCUGGACAAGACAGAUGCUCGACUACCUGACGAACUCCUGUCGCUUCUACUCGACGCUCCCACACUCGAAAAGUACUCUGACGAAAUGCUCGCAGAGUUCCCUUCAUCCAUUCGAUCUUACCUCCUAUCCUGGAAGCUCGUAUUCGACGCUUACUCGACGUCGUCGUUUAAGAUCCGCAACGACUUUAACGAAAACCUCAAGCAAGACAAUUACGUAGCACCAUUGCUGGACUUUAUGUUCGAUGUCCUCGGACACUCGGCCGCGCAUCCUCUCAAGCUCGAAAAGAUCAACCUUGCUUCCGAACACAUUCAGGAUUACAAUGUCAAACUGGCAGAAUCGGAACCAGAGGAGAAGAACAUGCAAUGGCUAUUGGUCCACAUCUUCUAUCUCCUACACAAGUACACUCCUGGCUUGUUUAGAGCGUGGUAUAUCGACUGUCGAUCCAAGCAGACACGAAUUGCUGUCGAAUCCUGGACAACCAAAUACUUUUCCCCUCUCAUCAUCGCAGAUGCCCUCGACGAAGUGCAGCAAUGGGCUGACACCCAAGACCCGCCCGCCAUGGACGAGCAAGAACUUGUUGUGCGCGUCGCUCGCGCCGCUCGAGAAAUCAUAGCUGGCUACGAAGUUGAUGAAAGCCAAGCAGCCAUCUCCAUCAAAAUCCCACAAAACUACCCCAUCGAGAAUGUCGUCGUGCAAAGUCUCAACCGUGUCGCCGUCAACGAAAAGAAAUGGCAGAGCUGGAUAAUGACUACGCAGGGUGUCAUUACCUUUUCCAACGGCAACAUCAUCGAUGGUCUACAAGUGUUCAAGCGAAACAUUAUCGGUGCUCUCAAGGGCCAGAGCGAGUGUGCUAUUUGCUACAGUAUCAUUUCGACAGAUAAGCGCAUGCCGGAUAAGCGAUGCACGACAUGCAAGAACUUGUUCCACAGGACUUGUUUGUACAAAUGGUUCCAGAGCAGUAACCAGAAUACUUGCCCGCUGUGUCGAAACCCUAUUGACUACUUGGGUGCGGACACACAAAAGAGACGUCAGGGUUAG